GUGUACUUUAAUGUUGUUCCGUCAAAUUGUUGCAAUUAAAAGAGAUCUAAAACGUUUUUAUCCUUUGUCGAAUUUCAAGCACAUGGGAAAGUAGAACUGAGAAGUAAUAUUUUAUAAGUGGCUAAAUAAUUGUGAAUUCGUUUAUUGAAGUAGUGAUUGGAUGAUGAACACUUCUCUCAUAAAGUAAUAAUUGAAAAGUAAACAAAGUUGAAUUGAUAUAACAUUGCAAGUUGUAAUAAAACGAUGUUUUACAAGCCACUGAAUCGUCAAGUCUUACGAGCAUUAUAAAGUUUGAAAAUGGAUUGUUUCUAUAAAUGAAACUCCACAUGUGUCAACUGUGAGCCGAGGUAAAAAUGACGUCCAUGAUGGAACAUAUGAACGACUUCAGGAGAGAAUACGGCUUCAUUCUGCAGCCUAAGAUAAAUACAAGUGACACUGGUUUGCCUUUAUGUUCGUACAAUGGAACAAAUGAGACAUAUUUAAAUACGUCGAAUUGUUCUUUAGACGGGCACUUGCUGCGAGCAAUCACCGAUGGAAGCCUUUCACACACACCUUCAGCUGCCCAAUAUUUCUUCACGUAUUUCACUCCUGUGAUAUUUAUGAUCGGAAUAUUUGGAAACCUGCUGUGUUUAAUUGUCUUCACGUCAAAGAACAUGCGUAAAUUGUCAGCAAGCAUCUAUCUUGCAGCACUCUCGACUUCAGACUUAAUGGCGCUCUUUUUCUAUGUUCUUCCGGAAUGGCUAAAGCACGGACUUACGUCACUUCCUGGACACCAUACCGCUAUAUUCUUACAACAGCCGGGAACCUGUCAGAUAAUGUUAUAUCUACAGUACAUUGCUAGAUUUUUGUCCUCUUGGUUGGUUGUGUUCUUCACGAUUGAGAGAUUUAUAGGAGUAUGUUUUCCACUUCGCAGGAAAGAUAUUUGUGACCCUAAAUCUGCCUCAAGAGUUAUCCUUGUUGCGAUAAUAGUAGCAUCAACUGGCUGUGUGUUCAAACCAAUAUUAAGUGGUUCAUACACAGCGGUGAAUGGCGAUCCAUUGUGUACUAGUGAUCCGGAACAUAAAUACCUGUCAUUCGUUUUAGACAGUAUUUUUGGGGUUACCAUUACAUUCAUACCAUUUGUGUUGAUCACAGUGCUAAAUCUAUUAAUAAUACGCAAGCUUGUACUGAGAAACAGGCGACAUCGAAAAAUAAGAAUAAUCACCGAAGAGUCAAUAAUUCGAUUGGAGUUUACAUUCAUUCUACUUGCCAUAUCGAUUUGUUUUGUUUCAUUGAACUUACCAUAUUUUGCUAUAUGGUGUAAAAGCUAUUGGAUAUACAAGCAGAUGUUCGACUAUUCGAUACCAACACCAAAAGACCAUGACACCAAUAUUGGUGACUUGGAUGACAUUUUACACGUUACGCGAACGAUAUUUUACAUCAACUACUGCAUCAACUUUUUUCUUUACUCCAUAACCGGAGCCUAUUUCAGAAAGGAGCUAAAACACCUUUUUCUUCACAGAGAACGAGGAUAUAAGUACAGUCACCACUGCUCGGCUUACUAUUCUAGAUCGAACUCGCACUCGACGCCACAGUCAUGGGUAUGACUAGGCCGGGUGCGCAGGUCACAUGAUGGCUUGCACAUGAAUGUUGGAUUAAGACGUUAUUCGGCUAGUCACGGGUAUGGUUAGAACAAGUGAAAAACGACUUUGUCUUUAUUUUGUACUUGAUCACUUGUAAAAUACUCAUGUUUCUUUUACUGAUUAGGGAUGUAUUUUCUCACUUGGGUUAAUCAUUUACAGAAUGUCAAGUACCAUUUAUAAAUAAUCAAACUCUUUACAUCUUUUUGUUGUGGAAAAGCAAUACAUAAACUUUCACCAAUAUGUCUUGAAGUACUUAAAUUUAGUAUGCGUCUUAAAACGCAAGUCUACAUAUAUGUGAUAAUAACAUUUCAAAAUAACAGCAAUUGUUACAUCGAAUUAUGCAAUGGUACCUUAAUGCCUCGGCCUAUAUCUGAAAGUCGCAAAAUACGCAACAAUUGUCUGUUUGAAAUUGCUUUUUUUGAUAUGUGACGUUUCUCUGACAUGAUUUUUUUUGCAAUUUAAACCCGUUAUGUUCAACAUAUUUUGGAAGGAGUAAAACAUUCCGGAAAUAUGUUUUAAGAAGGAGGAAUGAAAUUAUUUUUGUGAAAAGAGGUUUUUCAGGAUUUUACACUUUUUGUGAUUUUCUAAUGUAAGACAUGAAUUCUAAAUAAGUCUGUGAGUUCAUGAACAUUUUCACAGUAGUAACGGAACCUGUAUGAUUGUAGUUUAAUAUGAGAGAAAAUGUAUCAUAUAACUGUAAAUAUGUAGAUACUGACUUUCCUAGUGUAUGUAUGAUAUGCUCAAAAAGUUUACUAUUUUUUCAAUUUUUGACAGGUCACUGGUUUUCUUUUUUAUUGUAAUUAUUUCUGCUAAACAUACACACUAUUAACUUCUAAUAGCAUACCACAUCUAGGAAAUAUUUUCGCCUGUAAGACAAAUUGUUGCGUUCGAAGAAUUGUUAAGUGGAGAUAUCGCGAGAUUGAUCAAUGGAACAAAUCGUCCCAAGUUUAUUCAUAUUCCAUACAGUUUGAAAUAAAGUAAAAAUUUGGAGAUUAUCUGGUCGCAAGACAUAUACUAGUAUUUUGAACUUGUAACUGAAGUACUGUUGCACGGAAUCAAAAUUCUUGUUAAGGAUAAUCAAUGCGUAUCUUUCAUUACAAAACACUUUCUUUAGAUUUUGCUAAAUAUAACUGCUGGCUAAUUAUGUAAAUCUGCUUUAAACUUUAAAGCUUUCUUUCUUAUGCAUAGAUGCAUAGUAAUAUAUACUUUAUAGCUGUAUCAGAUUUAGCACAAUGUUUAUUAUUGUGAUACAGAAGGGUCACUUUAGUUUCAGUUAUAUCAUUAGGCAACUGGAUUUUUCACUGUAAUGUUUGAAGAAUGGUAUUAACAACGCCCAGACAACAACCUAAUUUCGGAUAAAGGAUGUUCAGCUUAAUAAAUAUAAGAUAUCACAUGUCUUCAGUUUAGACGUCUGGUUUUGUACAGCACAACGUUCAUUUGUGUAAACGUUUUAUUUAAUUCUACUUUGCGAUUAUAUUUGUACUUGACUUUAUGGCCAGUCAGUUGUUUUCAUAUAUGUAUGUUGAACCUUUGUAAUAUGCUAUAUGUAUGGUUAUCGUUUAAUAAUAUGUAAAAUCACGUCUACUCUAGAUCUGAUGCAAUGUGUUCAUGACCAUUUUACAUUUCAAUUCUUAUUACAAAAUAUGAAACUAAAUGUUUACGCUAAUUAAUAAGUGUUCAUUUGUAUUUGAUGUUAACCCAACAUAUCUUCAUUUAAAAGUUUAUGAUAUGUGACUGAUAUUUUUGUAUAUACCUGUAUGUAAGAUACUGUUGGAGGUCAGUUUUUUUUUUGUUUUUAUAUAAGGGUGAAAUAACAGCACAGUCUGUCACUGAUUUUGUAUACAGUUUUAAUCAUUAUGGAUUAAGGUUUGUUGUAGGGAAACGGGGAUUCUAGUAGUAAGGACUAAAUGCAUGUUAAUCCCAGUGUUGUAGGGACUGAAUGCACUGUAUAUGGAUAACUGUGGAUACCAGAAAAGUAAAGACUAAGUGACAUAUAUGUGAAUCAAUGUGGAUCCUAGUGAAGUAAGGACUGAUUGACUAAAUGGAUUAAUUUUGAUCAUGGUGUAUUACGGAUUGUAUGAUAUGUAUGUGGAUUACCAUGGAUCCUAGUGUAGUAAAUAUUGAAGGACAUGUCAAUGUAUAAACGUGGAACCCAGUAGUAGUGUCUGAAUGUCAUAAAUAUAUGGAUAAAUGUUGAUUCUUGUAGUAAGAACUGACUGGUGUUGAUGUGGAUAAUUGUGUACACGCUUUUAGUAUAACGCCAAAUGCAAAGGAUACGAAUUACAAAAGACAGCCAAAUUUAUCCAAACACACUUUGCAGUAGGGAUAAUUAUUCAAUUUACAGUAAGCUUUUUUCACGAAAAAAAAGAAAGAAAAUCAAAUCAAUAAAAAUGAUUCUGUAUUAGAGUUGAGUGCUUUGCAUAAGGGUACCCUUAGGCAUAAGGGUAAUUAAACCCUUAGACAAUCUAACAUAUUUUAAGUGUACUGCCCUGUAAAAAAUAUGUAUAUACAUUGCACAUAAUGAUGCAAUAUUGUAUAUUUUCAGCUUACGCAAGAACGGAUCGUUAUGGUGCACUUUCUAACUCAAAACCAACAUGUGUUCGCUCGAGUUAUGUGGGUUUUUGUUAAGUGGAACAUCAAUAUUUUUGUCAACAAAUCAUAACUUGUCAGACAUCCUUUUUAGUUUUACCGCCCAUAAGAUUCUAGAAUUUUCAUUGGUUAAAAUGUAGCCACGUGGUAACCCCCUAUAUAUUUCUGUGAAUGGUCAGUUGAUUUUCAUGUCGAUCUAGGCUAUAAAUAAGUGAUCGAUAAAACAAAUCAAUGAUAUGGUUUGUUAGUGACGACUCGGUGCCCAUUUAUUAUACAGACCCAGUUAUUUCCAUGGAGAGUCACUUAGAGACCACAAAAAUAAUACUAAAGUAAUAAUACGUUUUACAAUGUAAUAUGUAUAUAUUUAUAGAAGCUAACCUAGUAAUCAAAAAAUAGAAUUUGAAUACAUCUCUAUGGUUUUAAUGUCAGUUAAUAAAUGUUUUUAUAAUGACCGUGUUCGAAAACUUAACUCGUCAAACUUUCGUGAGGUGUAACAGAAAGACUGCUGUUGUGGCAUUGUAUAUGGCGAAGUAACUACAUGCAACAAAACCUUUAGUAAGGCAUCCUGAAUCUUAAUUGUUGACAUUUAAUGGUUUAUUUUAUUGCCAUCCGUCAUUUUCAUCAAUUGGAAUCUUGUAUUAUAGUUUUUAAAGUCUAUCUGACAUGUCCACAUGUUUUACAAAAUCAAAUAUGAAAAUGAACUUCAUAUGUAAGUUAAGGGUCUCUGUAAAUAAUAAAUUAACCCAAACAUGUAUUAUUAAGAUUUUAUGCUAUUUUAAACGGUAUUUCGUACUGUAGUUGCCGUACAGUGUUGAAACAUAUACAGGGUUAUGGUUUGAAAAAAUUGGAUCGUUGAUUUUAAAGAAGAAUAGGGACAAUACAUGUAUAGUAUAUUGAGGCUUUUACCACACAAUAACAAAUUGAAAUAUUUUAUAAAAAUAAAAAGAAAGCUCUAUCUAAAAUGCACUUAUUUUGGUAACUUUUCCUCUUCAAUAAUUGCAUUUUAUGCAUUUUGAUCUAGUAUGUUGUAUCAUGUUAUUUCACGUUAUUUUCGUGUGAUUAUCGACCAAAUAAAUAUUGUUUGAACUUUUCACAUUGUUAUUCCAAUAAACAAAGAGUCUGUGAUAAAGAUGUAUAGAUAUAUCUUGUAAACAAUUUCCAGUUUGUAGGAAUGAUAUUCACUAAUAAGGCUUAAAUACUGAUAGGGCAAAGUUCACACGUAUAUACGCCGACGCUUGUACUAAACAGCAAUGAUAUGUAACCGUUAUAUAUGUACUGUUUAAUAUGAUAUCAUUAAUAAAAUUGUUAAUCAUCA